AUAGAGCACCUACCGGAUCCGGGCCAUGCCUCGGCUUUUGGCUAGCAUGUAACCAGGGCAGCCAUCUUGGUGGACCACUGCGCCUCAGAAAACCAGUGCCUAUCCAAACUUGUCUUAUUGAGGAUAUCAGAGCGAAUGAACAUGACUCAGAUGCAGCCUCCUCAAGCCCUGGGACCAAAAAUUCCCAUGAUACAACAAAUCACAGCAGUGUGCAAGUCGUUCUCAAGCCCUCAAAUAUGCUGUGUCAGCCGAACAAGCCUUUCCUUUCACGUAGUGCGGGGUAUUUGCAACUCGGUACGAACCCCAACACUACUUGACUUCUGGUUUCGGAGUACGACUCUCACCUGCAGCUUUCGCAAGACUUGGCGUGUGCUAUCGCUCUGUUUAUAUGUGUAGGACACUGUUCUGCUUUCGACUAGUACUGCAUCAGCCUUUCAGCACAUCUGCUCCCACACUCACCCAUACAACCAUCCAGCAUGACGAGCUUCACUAUCUCCGACAGCGAUCUCCAAGGAGUAAAAGAUAAGGUGGUUAUUGUCACAGGUGCUGCCUCCGGCAUUGGCCUUGCCACCGUCAAGCGUCUCUUGAGUAUCGGAGCAAGGGUUGUUGCAUCCGAUGUGAACGAAAUGCCAGAGCCAGAGAAGUCUCAAGUGACCUUUAAGAAAGUCGAUGUUACAUCUUGGAAAGAGCAGCUUGAAAUGUUCAAAAUGGCUAAGGAGAAGUUCGGUACUAUCGACCACGUUUUCGCUAAUGCAGGAAUCUCGCCAACGGUCAACCUCCUCGAGGAGGAUGUAGAUGAGAAUGGCGACCUCCUACCGCCGAAGUUGAACACAAUCAACGUCAACCUUCUUGGUUGCAUGUACACGACCAAACUAGGGAUCUACUAUAUCAAGCAAAACCUAGAAGGAGGUUCUAUUGUGAUGACAGGCUCGGGAUCAAGCUUCAGGCGGUUCUCUCCUACAGAUUACACCACGUCAAAACACGCUGUUCUAGGCAUGCUCCGAGCACUCUAUGGGAACCUCUACCCUAAAAUCCCUAUUCGCAUAAAUUCUAUUGCACCUAGCUGGACAGACACGGCCAUCGUUCCACGGAACGUCAUCCCUGUUAUUGGAGAAGAUGGGAUCCAAUCGGCUGAUGUGGUGGCUCGGUCUGUUAUCGUUCUCAUGGCGGACCAAGACAGGCACGGCGAAAUGAUCUACUCUGAUCGCGGAAAAUUCUGGGACAUUGAAAACGGUGAGGUGGGGUUGAAUAGGUACGCAAGUAAAAUGCUGGGCCAGGAGGGUGUGGGACCGGAGGAGGAGGUUUCAAGGCGACUGAAGAAGAUGACGGAAAAUAUGGCGGGGGCAGCGGCUGCUACUGCAAAGAGUUAG